CGGCUGUGGUGGUGGUGGUUGAUGGUGGUGCGUCCGCAAUCUCCACCGUGACCACCGUCUCGUAGUCAGAUUGGGCAGUCGGUGAGGGCCAGAGAGAGUCAGGGGCAGGGGCACCGUGGUGGUGGUGGUGGGGGGGAAUUGGGAAUGUCCACUUUGACAAGAGCGUCCUUGUGAAAAGGAGUCCACCGAUUGAGAAGAGUCGGGGGCGGUCACUCUAAUCGAGAGCAGCGUUUCGGUACUCUGUGCACCGUGCGCUUGAGGUGACGAAUAUGCUCCAAGAGGCAGGGAUUGACGAGGUCUUCGGUGGCGUCUUGAGGCACGGCUCUCCAUAGCACGGGCCCGUCAGGCAAGGUCCAAGGGGCUCCUCCAUCGCCAAGCUCACGAGUUGGAGGCGGACGGACAGACAGCGAGAGGAGACAGCAACAGCCGCCGGGCAAUCCACCUGGAGGCGACACGAUGGAGGGGGGCGACUGCCUGCUCGGCUCCGAGCUGCGUGUGAAGCGCAAGACGUGUGAGGUCCUCCUGGCCAGCGACCGCAUCUCCUGGAGGCCAACAACAACAACCACAACAACCACCACCAGCAGCAGCAGCAGUGGCCCCAAGGCUCGGCGAGGAGGCUGCCCCCCCUGGAAGGUGGCGCUGCUGUCGGAGGUGCUCGCCGUUUGGCCCGUGGAGCAAGCGCCGGCGCAGUGGCAGAGGUCGCGACCCCGCCCCGACCUGCACGCGUUCACGGUGUACUUCGUGCGCCGUGAGUCUCGUCAGAAGUGGGCGGUGAGCGACGUGACCUUCUCCACGGAGCACGCGGACGUGGCCGCCCGCUGGGUGCAGGCGGUGCGCAAACAGCUGACGGGCCAAGAAGUGGAGCGUCCGGAGAGGCUGCUCGUCUUCGUAAACCCGUUUGGCGGCCGCCGAGAGGGCGAGAAGAUCUACCGGCAGCGCGUGCAGCCACUGCUUGAGCUCGCGUCCAUAUACGCGCACGUCAUCGUGACGGAGAGAGCCAACCACGCCCGAGAUUUCCUGCUCGCAGAAGACCUCAGCAGUUACAAUGGUGUGGUGUGUGUGGGCGGAGACGGCAUGUUCAGCGAGAUUAUGCACGGAGUCAUCGGGCGCACUCAGUCAGACGCCGGCCUCGACGAACACAACUCCGCCACUCCGCUGCAGCCGUGCCCCCUCCGCAUCGGCAUCAUCCCUGCAGGUUCCACGGACUGCGUGUGUUUUGCCACGGUGGGGACCAAUGACCCCGUCACGUCUGCCCUGCACAUCAUCAUCGGUGAUGAUCAGCCCCUGGACGUGUGCAGCGUGCGACAGGGCGAGCGCCUGCUGCGCUACUCCGUGUCGCUGCUAGGCUACGGCUUCUAUGGCGACGUGCUGCGCGACAGCGAGACGCGACGCUGGAUGGGGCCCAUGCGAUACGACUUCUCGGGCUUCAAGACGGUCAUGAAAAACUGUCGCUACGAGGGCAAGAUCGAGUUCCGUCUGGCGGGGUCAUCCUGGUCCGGGCCCAGAGACUUGAAGCGCUGCCGGAGCGGGUGUGAAAUCUGCUCGCAGACCUCCGAGAAGCUGAAGGGAGCGGAGGAUGAGGAGGAAAGGGGGGGUCUCCCAUCCCCCGUGACGCCCCUACCCACCGAUGACACGGACGGCUGGCGCUGCCUGGAGGGGGAGUUUGUGGCCGUGAACGUGGCCUGCAUGAGCUGCGCCUGCCCCAAGAGCCCCCAGGGGCUCUCACCCGCCGCUCACCUCGCCGACGGCGCCGCCGACCUCAUCGUGGUGCGCAAGUGCUCGCGCCUCGAGUUCACGCGCUUCCUGCUGCGGCACACCAACAAGCGCGACCAGUUCGACUUCCCGUUUGUGGAAGUGUACCGCGUGACGGAGCUCAAGUUCAAGCCGCGGCUUCACGAAGACGACGACGAUGUCGGCGGCGGCGACGACGACGACGAUAGCGGCGGCAGGGGCAGCAGGGGCAGCGGGGGCAGCGGGGGCAGCGGCGGCGGCAGCGGCGACUGCGGCCCGAGCGGCGCGUCGGGGCCCGGCGGCGGCGGCGGCGACGACGGCGGCGAGGGCUUCUUCCACGACCUAAACGAGAACGCGUGCGGCGCCAGCAGCGACGCCCUCGCCGCCGCCGACGACGACGAGCAGCAGCAGCAACAGCAGCAGUCGCUGUGCGCGUGCCGCUCGUUACGCAACACCAGGAGCACGUGGAACUGCGACGGAGAGAUCCUCCACGAGACCGACAUAAGCGUGCGGGUUCAUGGGCAGCUCAUCAAGUUGUUUGCUCGCGGCAUCGAAGACCAGCUGGGAUUCGGCUGAUGACCACCGGGAGGGGCAGAUGAACGGACGGGUGGACGCCCCCGCAACAAAACGGCCGGACAAACGCACAAACGCAUCCGGAGGGAUGGCGAACUCAAGCCGAGUCAGUUGACAAGUCGGCAAUGUGUGGGCCAAGACCGUUCCCUCUCUCUCCCCUGCCCGCCUCCGACAUCCCGCUUCCUGCUGCACACCGACAGCCACCCAGCCUCGCUGCCCCCCCCCCUGCAAGCGCAACAAACUGACGCGCUUACAAACAACAACAACAAUGGCGGAGUCUCUCUGCUCAAGCUGGCCGGCGGGAACCGCUUCCAUCCCCUUCGCUUCUCCUUUUGGUGAAAGAUGACCACAUUCCUAUGGCAAGGGGGGGGGGGGCAGUGGGGCAGUAUUUACCAUCUUGUUGGUCUCCACAGGGUGGCCACUGCCGACUCUGUGCAGAGUGGUGCCAGCUUUCUCAGCGGGCGGUGGGAUGACGGCCGCUCCGAGCGACGGGCAGUCACCCCCCGGAAUCUCACGGGACGAGUUUGAGAGCGUGCGACGAGUUUUAGAAACAAACAAAAAUAUAUUCGCAUCAUUCGUGGUGGAUUCUUUAACAAAAAAAAAAUCCAUUCGAAGGAGCUUUUGAAAUAGAUCAAAUAAUAUAUAUUUAAAUGAAAGUAGAAGUAUAUAUAUUUAUUGAAACGUAAUUUAAACGCUUCAUUUGCACCGCUUGUGUCUGGAUAUCCGUAAUUCUCUACGGCUGAGCCACAUUCAGAGGCCGUCAUGGCCGGUGCUCCCGAUGCUUCCGUCCUCCGCCGCCGCUUCCGAUGGCUGUUUGCAGGCGUUGCAGAGUGGACGCCAUUGAUCCAAGGGCUACGAUUGUCGCCCCGUCACCAUCUUGGCUUUCGCCCAUCCCCUUGGACCUCAACCUCUGGUUGGCACCUCCAGUGCCCAGCUCCAUAACCUGCUCUCCCCCUUCCUGCACAGGUGUUCCCACCCAUCACAACCUCCUACUCCUCCCAUUGACAUCUCCAAGUCUUUCCUGCGCCCCACAUUCCGUUGUAAUCCAGCACUGAGGAGCGAGGAGCAAGGGCUGGUGGAUCACGCACAGAUGGUGUGAAGCUCCCGAGGUGUUCGUGCCAGGAGAGGGCGGCACAACAACAAAUGUGGCCCCCGGCCUGUUCCGUCUGUGUGGGAUCGAGUGUUUCCCCCUCGCACGCGUGGGGCUUUUACCGGGCACUACGGAUUCCUCCCACGUGUAUAAACGCACAUUCAUUGGCCGAUGACGCCUUCAUAUAUAGAGGAGCAUAGAGCUUGGGCAAUCGUUGGCGCUGGCUCGCCUUCAAGCCCGUCUGUGGUUCCUCCUCCAGUAUCUGAGUCGUCCACUGUCUCUCGCUCUGUGCGAGAGCGAGCGUGUACUGUGCGGCGGCUUCGCGUUACAAGUUGACAUAUUCUAACAUUGUUGUUAUAUUGUACAUUUUUAUCUUUUGGGGUGAAAAGCACAAGGCCCACAAUGAUUGCUGGGAUUGGAAAGCCAGACGUGAAUUUAGGACCAAGUAGACUUCUGAGGCCAAGUGGCCUUCUGUAGCCGUAGUUGUGAGUGUAACAUUUGGUGUGCUGUACAUAUUUACACUUUGUACAGGAUUUAUCGGUGAUUGUUUAAUGGUUGUGAAAUUGUAGAUAGCGUUGACCUUGCUUAGACGUGGCCACUCGCUGUGCCUGCUUUUGAGUCUCACAAUCUCUGCGCGCCCCUCUACGUGUGGUCUGCAUUUUUAUUUUUUUGUGCUCGAGGUCAAAAAAGUUGACGCGUUCACUUCUGGGCGUAAAGAACGGGAAAACAAAGUGAUCGAUGUCGAAUAUUCGCUGCAGGUCAUGCCAACACAAAACUUUGCUUCAGCAAAGCUUCGCGGAGUCUCAAGACUCUUUUCAAGAGAGUCCUGCCUUGUGAUGCUCGGCCUUUUGGGAAAAAAAAAUUGUGCAGGAAGAAAUGAGAGUGCCCCAGAGGAAACACCGCCCUUGUGGCAGGCUAUCGACCUACUUGCUGUGCUGCAUCUAACACGGCUGUUGUGACCCACCGACCCCCCGUGGCAAGACGCCGUGGGCGAUGGGCAUGCAUCGCCAUCGCCAUGUGCCAGUCGGUCAAGCGCCACGGUGGCUAGGAGAUGUUAACUACCUCGCAUGGUCUACAGGAGGUCGUGGGUUCGAUCCCGACCCUGACACCUGCUGUAUAUUUGUAGUUUGCGUCUCUCUCCCUGUGGUCGCGUGGAUUUUCUUCGGGGUCCUUUGGUUGUUCCCUCCACAUUUAGAAUCAAUGUGCGUUUAGACUAUUUGGUUACUGCUAUAAAUUUCCACGCGAUAAGCCACUUUUGUUGAGCUAUCAUUUGUGGCCAGUCGCUUCUGAAAACAGAGCUGUAUAGCUCGGUGGGACUUACCUGGUAAAAAUUCUGCGCAGGCAAAUUGAACGCGUGAGGAUUUCACGAGCGAUGUUGUUCACGAUAACAACAAAACUUAGUCGGGUUAGAGAUCGCGUAAUGUGCACACGCGUCUCACACCCCACACCUCCACCCCCGACACACACCCAACUAGGACGGUUUGUCACGUGAACAGAAAGUGACAAUUAGGUACUCCUUCGUGUGUUCAGAGAGCAAACCUACAACGUUUAUAAUUCUAUUUUGUGUAAAUGUUAUGGGUUUUGCUCUCUCACAUGCAACCGGUGGCGCUGAAGAAUUAAUAAAUUGGCACGUUCUGUUCACGUGACCGACCUUACCGAUUUGCUGCGUUUCGGCUGGAGGAGGUGGGUUUUCACGACACACUUCACAUUUACGCCACCUGCACCCACACACACAAAACAAACUUUACCUGUGCAGGCGAUUUGACGGAAAGCAUGAAACGUCGGCCGCUCGGAGCGGUGGGCUCACUUUGUGAAGUCACCGCGGCCUCCCAGGGACGCGAUUUUGCCGUUGACGGCGAUCGUCCGCGUGUCCCGAGGGGCCUUAAUCGCCGAUCGAUGGCGAAGCAGCUGAGCUUGUAUGCAAUAUAGAAAACCCGUUGCCUUAGAUGUCCCAUGCAAAGGCGACUGCGUGUGUGUAAGUGUGGGGAGCGGUGGUGCAGCGGUGAGCGGUGGAGCGAUCACCACCACCGGUGACCAUUGUCUGAACCGGUUUCUGGGCCUCCCCUAGGUAGACUCAGCCUCAAAUGAGUUCCUGGUGCGGUGUGUAAACAUUGGCACCGGGAAAACAAAGGCGGCCGGGCGUGGUGCUGGCCACCCACCCCCUCGUGUACCGUGCCGGCCUUCAUAGGUGGUUGCUAACAGCACUUGCCCCAACAGUCUGUUACAGGCUCUACAGAGGGUCGUUUGCGUGAUAUAUUUUGAACUGAAUGGCGCGUUUGGCGGCUACGUAGCAGCGGUGCGAACGAAGUUCAAGUUCACCGUACGUACAUGCGGCGCUGUCGUCUCUGAGAAAGUCGACGUUUCUCUCUCUCUCUCGCCCUACCUACCUUUUUUCUCAAACAAUUAUCGCCGUGUAGUUCUCUCUUUCUCUCCCUCUCAAUGUGUCGUCGGAGGGAUGUCGGAGAACGAUUUUAAGUUAACACGAUAAUAAUAAUUUCUAAAUGAGUUAUUGGCCGGGUGGAAAUCCUGCGGCGGUGUAUUUUACAGGAGGGGCUGGAGCUCCGUGUUGCCGUGGUGUCGAUGGUUGACCGGGUUCUUAAAUCCCCCUCCCGCCCGUCCGCCCCCUGGUCCACCCACGGCUGCGCUCACCACGGUUAGCCAGCAGGUGGCGUGUGUGUGGGGUCGAGUGUGGGUCAGGGUUGCCCAGCAGGUGGCGUGUGUGUGUGGGGUCAAGUGUGGGGGGUCACAACGUUUGGCCACGGCGUCGAAGGAGUCUGCCAAAACGGCACUGUGGUUUUUUUAAGCGCUUCCUCGAGUCCUGGGGUGGCGAGGUCGGCCUUCAGCCAGCGUGAGCAGGCAAUUGCAGGGCUGCGCCUUCAUAACACACUCGUGUGUGUGUGUUUGGUUUUAGUGGGGAGCGGUAGAGUAGCGGUCACCGCCCUGCACCACGAACUCCGGCGACCCGAGUUUGAUUCCCGCUCACGGCCAACACCGGUGGCGAUUAUCUGAACUGGUCCUGGGCCUCCCCUAGGUCGACUCAGCCUCAACGAGUACCUGCUGCGGUGUGUGCACUGGUGAGACAAAGGAGGCCGGGCGUGGUGCCGGCCACCCACCCCCUCGUGUACCGUGCCGGCCUCCACAGGUGGUUGCUAACAGCACUUGCCCCAACAUUCUUUUAGGCUGUACGGGGGAUUCAUAUUCUUUGGUUCUUUAGGUAAAGUCACGUCGAUAGAAAAAUAAUAAUACGUAAAGUGAAUAAAAAUUAAAGCAAAAACCAGGACGUUUCGAUCGUAACACAAGCGGUCAUCAUCAGGAAAAUAUGUUUAUUUUAAUUUCAUGAUUUUUCUAUUCACUUUAUUAAUAUAUAAUGUUUAUAUCUACGUGACUUUACCGAAAGAAUCAAAGAAUAUAACACGAAAGUUUUAAAUAAAAAUUUCAGCGGGGUGUCUUUGGUUUGGGUUUCACCUUCCCUUUCGUAUAAUCCAGGUCACGUGGGUGUGUGGCCCGAAGUUACACAACAAGUCGUGCAAUGGUUGUUUACAUCUUGACUUGAAGCUUUCGUGACUGCAGGAAUUAAUAUUCUUGGGUCUUUCGGUAAAGUCACCGAGAUAGGUUCAAAGAAAAUAACAAAAAAUAACGUUUCUAUCUUCAGGAAAAGGGGGGUUAGCUUCAAGGCAAACUGUUUAUAAAGGUUUGAAAUGGGCAUAGCCCAAAUGUCAGCAGCCAAUGAUAAUGCGAGUAGUGGGUAUCUAACCCCCGGCGAUGGUUGGUUUUCCACCAAUCAAAGGGCUGCCAGGUGUAAGAGAGAUUUUAAAAAAUGGUUGUUUAUUUAAUCACUGCUCGUUUUUUUAUUUAUUCCUGGAUAAUUUAUAAUAGUUGUUUUAACGUUUUCGGAGUGUUUAUAUUAUAAUUUUUCUCCCGAAUGUGCAAAUUGAGAAUGUUUUAAUGGUUAAAAUACGGUGCGAAAUAACAUCACGUGUACGCGCGGGACUGAUGCAUUGUGGGUUAUUGUAAACCCACACUGCUCCUCUUGAAAGCGCCUAUUUUGAGUAUCGGUGCAUCGGCUUGAUUUAAACUGCAAACAAACCUCCAUGGCAAUAGUAGCGGUAGCAAAGUGAUCAGUUACGGAGUGAUUCGCGUUUUUUUCCUCUCCACCGCAAUGGUUCAAACGGUCCAAGGCGGAGCUGUAGAGCUACAGGGCAGCCUCAAGAAAGGAAACUCCGAAUAUAAUUUUAUAUUAACGUAUGAAGCACCUUCACUCAAGGCACUGGGCGUAGUUGAAAAAAACGUUCAAAUGAAUGUACGUUGAACUUCUUUCGCGCCGUACGUAACCGGCCGCGCUAAUCGGAGUGUGCGGGGGAAGGACAGCAGACUAUCACACAAAGUGAUCCGAAAGAAAUUAGUUUUCAAUCUAGAUGACAUAAGUACAUAUCUCCCAGUGGCAUCCUAAUAUCGGAAGAGCGUUCCAGACGGCCGCAGAAGCGCAUCUGAAAGCGCCGCGCGAUGAGAGGAUCGAACGAUUUUAGAUGGCGUGGGACGCUUGAGGAAUGAGUGACCCCAAUAGGAGGGUUACUUAGGGUAUCACGAAGGAGUCGGGGAGGGACGGGAAGGAGUGGAGGAGUGUUUGAGGGGAGGGAAGAUGAUGGGCGAUGAGAGAAAACGGCGAGUUGUUUGUAGCAGUGUCAAGCAGUCGAUGCUGUCGCCUGCUCGGUCACAUCCGGUUGGUAGUGCUCAUCUCGGUUGGGUGUCCCUGACCCAUUGGUGGACUGUCCACAUUCUCAUGGUUGGGGAGUGGAUGUUUCCCUUCCGUGGCCGGCGCCAAUUUCCUCUAAAGUGGUAUGCAUUUUAUUAGCCCGGCGGUAUGAUGAUGAUGGGUGUAGAUGACCUGUUUACUUGCGUUGCGAGUGCUGCAAUUACAGGUUAAAUGGUCACAGGGUAGCGAUAACAGACACUUGGGAUGGAGGGCGUUGGCAGUGCCGGGUGUAGGUACAAGCUCGGCAAGCUACUGCGUAGGCCCUCGUAUUAUGAGGGGCCUCUAAAUAUGACCAAAACAAAUACGUUUCAAGUUUUACAUAAUCGGUUGAAAAACCAGUAGAUGGGGGGGGGGGGAACUUUCCCAAACGGUUAUUUUCAUUCUGAUUUGACAAAAAGUGUACGCGCGUUGAACUUCUUUCGCACCGUACGUAGCCAACCGUCCUCAUCAGAGGUGCGGGGGAAGGGCAACGAAUAUGCAGACAUUCCUCCAUUUACGAGCCGUAAGCUUGACACAGCUUACAUCCCCAGAUCAAAUCAUGUUCCAGCCCUGGGUCUAGGCCGGGCCUUAUUGGUACGGUGCCCCCCCCCCCCCCCUAAUCAGGAUCACUGGUCCCCGUGACCCCACCAAGGUGACUUGAGCGCCAGUACACAGAGAGGAUCCAUCACGGCCGAAGUCUGCGAUGGAUCCUCUCUGUUGAGGAUCCUGGACUCUGGUCUGUGGAUCGACUACUGGAGAUUUGACAUGCGUCAGUAGCCCGGACAUUGCACCUUCACGUCGGCCAUCAUUUAUGGGUUUUUUUUCUUUCUUUACUUUUAUAGGACCGCAGUGUUGUUCGUGAAUGUGUUGAAGUGUUGUCGUUUGUGCCGAUGCAGUAUCGCAGCAACAACAAAAACAAGCGAUUGAAUCUGGGUAGGCAAGGGACUCGAAUCGAUCCGUUCAUCGUCGACUGCACUGAGGACUGAUGGCCCACUCGCUCGCAUCGAUUUGGAGGUUUCGUUUAAUUUGACCAAUCGCGGGUCUGAAGACGGUAAAGCUAAAGUGUUGGGUGGCUGACAGUUUCACAGAUGUCCCUUACUGGACAUCUGUGAAAAAAGAGCUUUAUAGCUCAUAGGAUUCCUCCAGCAAGAGUCAAAUCAUUCCCAUUCGCACCUCCGGCAGAAGCUUUGAAGGCGCCUCUCGUGACGGCUGAGUGGGGCCGAUUGCAAGUGGCUGGCGACGAUGUUGCCCAACAUCCUUCGGCUCUUGCCGUCAUAUAAUAACGUCCGGUUAAUCGAGCAGCAAUGUGCUUUUAACAAGCGCGACUGCUGAUGAGACCCCGAAGGUGGAAACUGGUCCAGAGUUUUCCUACUUAAACUGAGUGCCAUUCGGUAAUAUUGGUCUGGGGAGGCCGAUGGACUGAACGGUGUCAUUAUUCACGUCGGAAGACCGAAUUGGAUUCGUCCUCAUAUGGUGUCGUCGGUAGUAGAAUGGCUUCUUCACGUCUUUACGCCAAUACUAAUAACAACAAGAUGAAGACACAAUUGGUGAUUAGUUGAAAUUGACAGACCUAGGCAAAUCCCACUGGGUUUGUUGCCUUCCACACAAGAGUGACGUUCACCCGCUGAUGAGAUUUAUUCCGUAAAAAAAGGCGUAUAUAUAUGUAUGUGUAUAUAUGUUGUUGCAGAUCGUAUCGCAUCUGUUCAUGCAAACUGAGUUGUGUUUCUUCUGUGACCCCCCCACACACACCACGUGGUGAAAUAAAGAUUUUAACUCUUGGGCGA